AUGGCGGGCCCGUGCGGGUCGGGCGUCCCCCGUCCGCUGCAGAGCGCCAUGAAGCUGGCCAAUGGGGCCAUCGAGCUGGACAGCGGCAACCGUCCCAGGGAGGCGUAUACCGAAUACCUGAAGAGCAUCCAGUACAUCUCCCAGGUGCUGCUGGAAGAGGCCGAGGUGGUAAAAGGUGACCCAGUGACCCCAGACACCACAAAGAUGCUGAAGCUGGCAGAGCAGUGCCUGGAGAGGGCCAGGUCAACCGCCGCCCGGCUAGGGAAGCCGCGAUGGAAGCCGACCGGCCCCGAGAGCGUGGCAGCCCCCGUCCCGGCCAGCCGGCACCGCAGAGUGUACUCGGACGAGGGGGGGAAACUGGCUCCUUUUCUUCCCCCGGAAAUCUUUCAGAAGCUGCAGGCCGCCAAGUCUCAGAGCUCUAAAAAGGAGCUGACACCCCUGGAAGAGGCUUCGCUGCAGAACCAGAAGCUGAAGGCGGCGUACGAGGCGCGGAUGGCCCGGCUGAACCCCAACCAGGCCGUGCAGAAGACGUCCUUGACCCUGUCCCUACAGCGGCAGAUGAUGGAGAAUCUGGUGAUCGCUAAAGCCCGGGAGGAGACGCUGCAAAGGAAGAUGGAGGAGCGCCGGCUGAGACUCCAAGAAGCGGCCAACAGGAGGUUCUGCAGCAGCGUGGCUCUGACAUCUGAAGAGCAGGAGCAGCGGGCCCUCUAUGCCGCCAUUCUGGAGUACGAACAAGAUCAUGACUGGCCAAAGCAUUGGAAAACCAAACUGAAAAAGAACCCAAGUGACCUGUCUCUGGUGACUGGCCUGAUCUCCCACCUGCUCAGUUUCUCCGAUCACCCCAUCUCUCAGCUCCUGAAGAAGCUACAGUGCUCCGUCUACAACAGGUUGUAUCCCAUCGUCAUCCAGAACGCAGCGGACCCCAAGUCCGGCCCCGGCUGCCCCUCCCUGUCCCCGGACACGGACGGGCCGCUGGCGCCCAGUGGCCGGCGCCUCCGAUCCUCCCAAAGCCUCUACUGCAUGCUGUCCCUGGCCGAACCCGGCAGACCCAACCGGGACCUCUCCCCGGGCGGCCUCCCCGCCCAGCCCCCGCCCCCAAGCCCCCUGGACAGAGAGGCGGACGGCUGCCUCGCGGGGCCGGCCUCCCCGCUACUGGAGGCCGCCUGUCACCUGCGGGACAAGGACAGCUCCUUCGAGGAUUUGGAGCAGUUCUUGGCCGGCUCGGAAAAAUGGGACCUGGGCCCCGGGGAGCCGGCCAAGCCUCCGGGCUCAGGCGGGGAGAAGGCAGCGCCGCCGGACCAGUUGAAGAGCAUCGUGAAGGAUGUGCACGACUCCGUCGACAGACUGCUUUCCCUCACCCUCUUGACGUUCGAGGGCUUGAACACCGCCGCCUCCAAGGACCGCUGCCUGGCUUGCAUCGAGGAGCCCUUCUUCUCGCCGCUGUGGACACCCCUGCUAGCCCUCUACAGGAGUGUCUAUCGAUCUCGUGAAAUGGCCCUGGCCAGGAGUAUGGAGCUCUUCAGGAACAUGACCCCCUCGGCCAUGGGCAUCGCCUCCAAACUCUUCCCCCAGAAGACUGGACCCAAGAAUGCCGGUUCCUACCCGUACUGCACUGCAGUUCAGGAAUUGGGGCUCAUGGUACUGGAGUGCUGCCCGCAGAAGAAGCUGGAAUGCAUUGUGCGAGCCCUUCGUACUAUCUGCGAGUGUGCCGAGGAAUACUGUGGGGCCAAGGAGAACCGGCUACAGGCUGGAUCGGCGGCCAUUGGUGCCGAUGACCUGCUGCCUAUCCUGUCCUACGUGGUGCUGAAGAGCAACCUCCCCCAGCUGGUGUCCGAGUGUGCGGCGCUGGAGGAGUUCAUUCACGAGGGGUAUCUGAUCGGAGAGGAAGGGUACUGCCUGACGUCCCUGCAGAGCGCCCUAAGCUACGUGGAGCAGCUUCACCGAGGACCCCUGGUCAAGUAGCCGGGCGGCGGGUGCGGAGCAGGGGCUCGGUGCCCGGCUGGAGACGGGCAGCCCUGCCUGAGGCCCCCAGGUGGGGCAGGAGAGGGGCCGGCCCCCUGGAACCCCAGGCCUUGCCUCCUCUCAACCUCGAGGCCCCUCGGGCUCCAGCAGGGGCCCCGGGGGGUGAGUACUACUUGGAACUAGGUUUGCACUGGUCCCCGGGGGCGUGGCGGGUUGGGGGACGCCUCCCUGUUUCACUACCCUCUCUCGCCUUCUUUCUUCAUCUGGUUUCCCUGGGCUCUGUAGGGGGAGGAGAGCUGGGCGGGAUGGGUCCAGGGAGUUGCUUUAGUGUAAAGUUCUUCCUUCCAUCUUUUGGGCUUCCCCCCAUUCUCUCCCACCAAGCUCUGAUUAUCGGGGGACUUGAAAGAGUCCUGGAUGCCUCCAGUUGUCCAGGAGAGGAUCUGAAGUCCUCCACCCUCACUCCCCCCCGGCCUUCGGGAAGCCGGGCGUCUCCUGGGGCCACUGAGGGAGUGAGUCCCGCAGGCCCCCCGAGGCCCCGAGGCGAGGACCAUUGGUGGUCCUGCCCCAGGCACCUUGGGGUCCCCGAGAGCUCCACCUCCUCCCACCCCUCCUUGCUCUUGCUGCCCGGGCAGUCUUUUCAUGUGGUCCCUCUCUGCCUGGGCUUCCCAGCGCUUCGUCCCAGGAGCCCUGGGCGGGGCCCUUCCUUUCGUGUUGAGUUGCUGCCGGCACAGAGGUAGCUCUCCUCCACUCCAGGUGGCUGCAGUUGUGUCCCAGGUGGGAGAGGAUCCCCGGAAUCUCCGGGCCCAAGCUGGGAGAAGGGAGCGGUGCACUGUCUCCCAACCGCUGCCUCCCAGUUCGGCCCUGCUCCCCGCUUCCCUCUUUGUCGCUUCCUGAUCCCCUGCCCAGCCAGGUCAGUAGGAGGACACCCUGCCGGAUGAGUAGCCAACAGGGACUCGUGGGAAGUCUGGAUUGGCUAGGAACGCCAAGCAAAGCAAGAGAGAGAGGCUCUGGACUCUCUCCAGGAGAAAGGAGAGAAGCCAACUACCUUCCGCUCAGGAAGGAAGAAACCCAGGACCAUGGCCACAGCCCAGGGCCUCCACGCCUCAAUCCAGCACCCAGGCAUCAGGGUCAUUUUCCUCCUUCCCGAAAGAGAAGACCCCAGAGGGGCAGUGAACCGACUGAGGACAGCUUGGAGGCAGGGCUCUGUCCCUGUUGGGGCUGAGGAGGUGGCCGUCCCCAUCCGACCUGCUAGCCAGGGCCUCUGCGUACUUGUACGUCUUCCUUCUUGGACUUGUUCUGGGGAAAAGAGGAGACGGAUACUCCCUGCCUGGGGUCAGCGUUCAUAAGGUGUGAGGUGAAGCUGCCAGGAGCCCUCUGAGCCCUGUAACCCUGACCUCGGGGAAGGGUGAAGCUGCCAGAACCUUGUGUGGGCCACUCUCCCCCUCCCCAUUUCUCUCUUUCCCCCAUGCUUAUACUCUGCUGUUUUCUCUCUUUGCAUCUUUCUCUCUCUGUACCCCUCUGUGUCUGUCACCCUCGGAGGUGAAACAUUAAGGGAAAGGGAGACAUGAGGGGGAAAAAAAUCAACCUCAAUAAGGGAGACAUUGUCCAAACGAUUUGAGCACCAUUUCUAUGGAUGACUAGGCCUAGGCUGGUGAAAAUCCUUCUGGACUGAGAAAUUUUUAGCCGCUAGCCGCAAGGUUGUUUUAACUCCAGGUGCUGGAGCUAGGGCCCUGGGGCUACACUAGGUCCCAGAUUAGCACUGCACCUUACACUAGCUGUGAGAGACUUUGUAAUCUCCAUAAAGGGAUUAUUGGAGGGGGCCCCCCCCGCCCCAAUGUCGAGCCAGGGUGGGGGCUUCACUUUGUUUUCCUCUCAGAGUCUGGAAGGCCGGGGAGAGGAGGGAAGGGCACCAGCCGAGAGUUGGGGUUUCUGGACUCAUCACCCUUCUCCUCUGGCCUUCGGUUUUCCCUCGGCCCAGACUCUUGGAGGAAAGUUAGAAUUUGAGGCAUGUUAUUUUAUUUAUUUAUUCUGAGCCACACACUGGGGACUUUGGUUCAGGUAAUCCCUCUCAGUCCUUCCCCUGGGGAAGAUGGGAGUGGUGGCCCUGGAUCCCAAAGAUCCCUGACUUCCCCUUCUCCUCCCCCAUUCCCUCCCGGCAUUUCCCUGCUCUCCCUCAGUGGGCUGGAAGGCUUUCUCCGCUUCCCCCGCCCCCCUACCCUGGCUCUGUGAGUGGCAGAAUGUCCAGCCAAAGCUGGGGCUACCACAGCUCAGCAACACACUGAGCUGGAGAAGCCUCACUUCUCAGCAGCACCCCCAACCCCAUCCCUCCUCCCCCCUCCCCCUCCAAUCUGCCCCCUCCACCCUUAGGUUCUGUUGCCCUGUGGUUCCUUGUGUCCAUCCUAAUGAACUCUGCCUUGGGGGGUCUGAACAGAGAGCGAGACUGCCUCUGUCCCCUCCGUGGCGCCUUGACACGUUCUCUAGGACUCCUCCAACUUUGCAGGGUGUCAGGGCGGUAACUGUUCCUUCUCCACCCAUCCCUGCCGGCUCGAUCCCCAAGCGGGUCUGGCCCGGUGCCUGAGUGGGUCCAGCUUCUGAGCAGAUCCAGCUCAAUCCCUGGGUGAACCUGAUCCAGUGCCCAGGUGGGUCCAGUUCAUGAGCAGACUCAACCCAGUCCCUGGACAGAUCUGUCCCGGCACCCAAGUGGGCUCAGUACCUGAGCGGACCCAGCUCAGUCCCCAAGCAGAACUGGCCCAAUGCCCAAGCACAUCUAGCCCAGUACCCAAGUGGGUCCAGCCCCUGAGUGGGCUCUGGUGGGUCCCUAAAUGGGCUUGGCCCAGUGCCCAAGUGGACCAGCUCAUGAGCAGACCCAGCUCGGGCUCAGCCCAGUUUCCAGGCGGGCCUAGUACCUGAGCAGACCCAGUUUGGUCCAUCAGCAGAAUUGGCCCAAUGCCCAAGCAAAUCUAGCCCAGUAUCCAAGUGGGUCCAGCCCCUGAGUGGGCUCAGGUCGGUCCCUAAGUGGGCUUGGUCCAGUGCCCGAGUGGGCAGCUCAUGAGCAGACCCAGUUUGGUCCAUCAGCAGAGCUGGCCCACUGCCCAGGCAAACCCGGACCGGUGCCCAAGUGAACCCAGCCCCUCAGUGGACCCAGCUCAGUCCCUGAGUGGACCUGGCCCAGUGCCCAAGUGGGCCAGCUCAUGAGUAGGUGCCCAAGCGGGCCCAGUACUUGAGCAGACCCAGCUCAGCCCCUGAGGUGACCCGGACCUGUGCGCCUGAGCGAACCCAAUUUGGUCCCUGAACAGACCUGGCCUGGUACCCAAGUGGGCCCAGUCCCUGAGUGGACCCAGUUCAGUCCCUGAACAGACCCAGGACCCCUCUGGAACCCCAACCAGCAGCUUCGAUCCCAGGGGAAAGCUGGAAGAAACCGCCACCUCCCCACACCCACCCACCCACCAGUCCUUCAACUCACUCACCCUUCCCCCUUUCCCAAUCAAUGUGAAUCCUGUGAAAUUUGCCAAGUCUUCACUCAGGCUGGGGCACACAUCCUCACCAUCCUCAGUCCUCUCCAUGUGCUGCUUCUCAUCUCACUACGAGGGCAACCCCUCCUUCUCUCUGCCCCAGCCCCAGCCUUCCCGACCCUGUUGGAUUUGACUGUUACACUUUCUGUUGGAAAAGCCGGCCUGGGGGCUGUGGGAAUAAACAAGUCACUACUUGG